AUGUAUGCUCCACUUCUCAGUGCUGCGGCUGUGAUCGGUCAGCGAUCAAGCAUCACUGCAAGGUCCACCACAACCAAGGCUGUAUUUGCUCACUACAUGGUCGGUUCGAUGACCUCGGAUGAAGCUGUGACUGACGUUCAAGAUGCUAUGAAUGCCGGAUUCGAUGGAUUCGCUCUUAAUACCCACACUAUCAGCUCUUCCGACACGUGGAACACCGAUGCACUCAACUACCUGUUCACCGCGGCAUCAGGGACCAACUUUAAGCUCUUUAUUUCAUUCGAUAUGAGUUGGGGUUUGGAUGUUACGCAGCUUGCUGCUUUCUUGGCACCCUAUGCCGCUAAAGACGCAUACUAUACCGUCAACGGGCAGGCCUUCAUAAGUACCUAUACGGGAGGCACCCUUUCAAAUUCUGCUUGGAAGUCAGGACUCAUUGACCCUCUAAAGUCAACCUACAACAUCACUCCAUACUUUGUUCCCAAUUUCGAUGACUUUUCCGGUUAUCCGACCGGUGUUUUCAGCGCCUAUCCCAUCCUGGACGGCGUCUUCAGCUGGGAGUCAGCAUGGCCAUCCCCCGGAACCACUCCAGUCAAUGUCAGUGACACAGUGGAUUCGGCGGCCUUGCAGGAGGCACAUUCCGCAGGCAAGACCUACAUGAUGCGUGAGUCGAUCCCAAUUAAAUUACCACAUUUGGAAGAGAUCAAGGCUAAGAAUAGUUCGAAAACAGCCUUAUCAUCUUAUCAGUUCAAGUAUCUCGGCAGUGGUCAAGACUGGUACCGUAUUGGAGAGGUCAAUCUUCCUGAACGCAUGGGCCAGGCCCUGCAGCUGCAACCCGACUUUGUCGAACUCAUCACCUGGAAUGACGCCGGAGAGAGCCACUACGUGGGCGACGUCUGGCAAGAACAGAUUGCCGGCAGUACCAUCGGCGAUUAUAGCAACGGCUUCGAUCACAAGGGAUGGUUACAGAUUAUCACACCCUUCAUCCAAGCUUUCAAGGCUGGCGCAACAAGUAUUUCCCAGAUCUCUCCACCCAGCACUAACCCGGUCGGAGCCCUCUGGUAUCGAACGCUUUUGACCAGUGCCAGCUGCUCCUCGUCCAUUUCCAACUAUCAAUCAGCACGCGAUACGGUGAAUUUUGCCGUGAUUCUUCCUGAUACCGGCUACACAAUCAAUGUCUAUAGCAACAGCAAUCUUAUUGGCACCUUUGUCGGUCAGAAGGGAUUGAACUACAACAGCGUACUAGGGCUGGCAGCUGGCAGUGGACAGAAGAUUGAAGUGGUUGAUAGUUCGAAUAAUGUUGUUGCUUCCGCCACGGGAACGAAGAGUGUCUCGACUGAAAGUUCGAACGCGACUUGCAAUUGGAAUUACGAAGUUGUUGGCCUCUCUUGA